AUGGGCUUCACCGGUGUCUCAUUCUACGUGGACUGGAGCCUUGUUGAAGGAAAUCCGGGACAUGUUAUCACUGACGGUAUAUGGAGCUUGGAUGAAUUCUUCGACGCGGCAAGCCAAGCUGGAUUAUAUCUCAUCGCUCGGCCGGGUCCGUACAUUAAUGCAGAAACAACCGCUGGUGGGAUACCUGGGUGGGUUCUACGAAACCAAGCGGUUAUUCGGUCUGAUGACCCCGAAUACGUGAAUACGACAGAAAAUUACCUGUCCACAAUUGGUCAGAUCAUUGAAAGAGCGCAGAUCACACACGGUGGCCCAGUGAUCAUGGUUCAGCCAGAGAACGAAUACUCGACAUGGCCCGGAGUGACUGAUUUCCCCAAUGAAAUGAAUCGGAAUUAUAUGGCGCACGUUGAAGAUCAAUUGCGGGACGAAAGUAUUACGGUUCCUUCAAUCGUGAAUGAUAACUUGGUUAUGGGAUACUUCGCACCGGGCUCGGGGAAAGGGGCAGUCGAUAUCUACGCUAUCGAUGCAUACCCCAUGCGCUAUGAUUGUUUCCAUAUGAUUGGCAAGUCACGCACCAACAGCAGAGUCCAACGACACCCUUCGCUAUUGCCGAAUUUCAGGGGGGGUUCUGGCGAGGGAUGGGGAGGCGUGGUUCAGGAGAUGUGCGGCCAGUUAGUGAACGAAGAGGCCGCCAGAGUUGUGUACAAGAACAAUUACAGUUUUGGGGUAAAGAUCUUCAACAUUUACAUGACUUUCGGCGGCACCAACUGGGGUAACCUCGGUUAUAUGGGCGGGCACACAUCAUACGAUUAUGGUGCAGCCAUCACAGAAGAAAGGGCCAUCUGGCGUGAGAAAUAUAGUGAACAGAAACUGGAAGCAAACUUCCUCAAAGUUUCUCCAGCUUAUCUUACCGCAACUGCUCAUCUUGGAGUAAAUGGUACUUACGGCACACCGUCCUCGAUAGCCGUUACUGCUCUCCUUGGAAAUGGGACACGCACAAAUUUCUAUGUUGUCAGACAUGCCAACUUCACUUCAACUGAGAACACUCACUACACCCUCGCACUGUUGACGACUAUUGGAGAUAUCCAAAUCCCUCAGCUGGGAGGCAACCUCACGCUGAACGGACGUGAUUCCAAAUUCCACGUCACAGAUUACGAUGUCGGCGGUAUCAACUUGAUCUACUCCUCCGCAGAGAUAUUUACAUGGGCGCGCGGGCCAGGGUCAACACGUGUAUUAAUUCUUUACGGAGGGGCCGGAGAGACACAUGAGUUUGCUCUGCCUAGUCAUCUUGGAAAGCCAACUAUCCUCGAAGGAGAGGAGAUCAAAAUACAACAACGCGGAUCCGCUUGGGUUGUACAAUGGAAUGUUACACCAGCCCGAAGAAUCAUCCGGGUAGCAGAUCUUGAGGUAUACCUGCUCUGGCGGAAUGAGGCAUACAACUACUGGGUCAUGGAGUUACCCGUAUCAAGUCCGAUUGGAAACUACUCAUCGCCAUCAAAGAGUCUGGUAGUUGUCAAGGCCGGAUAUCUUAUCCGCAGCGCUGAUCUGAUAAACACGCAGCUUCGACUGACGGGUGAUGUGAAUGCGACAACAGAGAUCGAAGUCAUCUCUACUCCGGCGACAACCCUUGAAGGCAUCACCUUUAAUGGAGAAAUCUUACACACUUCGAAAACGUCUAAUGGGAACCUUCAAGGAACUGUCAGAUACAACCCUCCCAAGUUGGACAUUCCCGAUUUGUCCAACCUGAAAUGGAAGUUUAUUGAUUCUCUCCCUGAGAUUCAGGCCUCGUACGACGACUCAGCUUGGACACCCUGCAUACGAACCUCAACACACAAUCCACGGCAGCUGAAUACCCCAACGAGUCUGUAUUCCAUGGAUUACGGAUAUCACACAGGGUCUCUGUUAUACCGAGGUCAUUUUAAUGCUAAUGGCCAAGAAUCCAAUGUUUGGUUGAAUGUAUCUGGCGGCGUAGGGUUCGGGCAUUCAGUCUGGUUGAAUAACACAUUCCUUGGAUCGUGGGUCGGAUCGAGUGCCGACACCUCGGUAGUCCACAACAUGUCGCUGUCAUCCGUGUUGCCGCAAGGAAGCCCGUAUGUGAUCUCGGUUCUGAUUGAUCACAUGGGCCAAGAUGAGGAGGCCCCGGGUACCGAUGCAAUUAAGUUUCCAAGAGGAAUUUUGAACUAUGGGAUUUCGGGUCACGCGCAAUCCGACGUUUUAUGGAAGUUGACGGGUAACCUUGGAGGAGAGCAGUAUCAGGAUCUCGCCCGUGGGCCUCUCAACGAGGGAGGCAUGUAUGCCGAGCGACAAGGAUACCAUUAUCCCAAUCCACCAAGCUCGAAAUGGGGCUUGUCAAACCCAGUCACAGAUGGUUUAUCGCACGCAGGCGUUGGAUUCUUCGCUGCGUCCUUCCAGCUGAGCAUCCCCAGUGGAUGGGAUAUUCCAAUGAGCGUGGUGUUGAAUAACUCAACCCAGAACAGUACCAAGGAUAAUACUCGAGGCAACAAUUACAGGUGUCAGCUAUUUGUCAACGGAUAUCAAUUUGGAAAAUACAUCAACAAUCUCGGCCCCCAAUCAGCUUUCCCCAUUCCAGAGGGUAUUCUUAACCACGAGGGGGAUAAUCAUAUAGCCUUGACAGUGUGGGCACAAGAUGAAGAGGGCGCAGCACUGGGAAAUUUGGAGUUAGUUCCCACAUCGGUCAUUCGGUCCGGCUAUAACAGACCACAGGCUGCUCCACAGCCUCUCUGGACGAAGCGAGCACAGUCAUACUAA